AUGAGUAAACAGGGAAGUGAAAAGAAAAAAGAUAUAAAUUUAAAAGAUGAUAAAAAAACAAAGAAGCCAAUAACAACUACAAUUAAAACACGGAAGGAAGGUAAGAAGUCUAGAAACUUGGUGGAUGUAUUCAACGAAUGUGCCAUGGAUAAUGCAUAUCAUACCUGCCAUAACGUACAAGACUUGCUUAAAUGCCGAGGCUUUCCAUGGCCACAAGCGCAAAAGAAAAAGAAGAAGAAAAGUGGCAAGAAAGGCAAAUAAGAAUAAAAAUGGAUGGCUAAAAAUGCAAUAUAAAUAUGUUAUUGACUUUUUGUAAUAAAAAAAUAUACAUUACAUUUAUGUUUACAUAUCACUUUCCUAAAAAAAAAAAAAAUAAUAAUAAUAAUAAAAAUAUACACUGUGACAAAAGUAUACAACUUUAUAUCGACUUGUACAAUACACAUGGGUAAUAUAAUACAAUAUGAAUUCAUUAAUAGGUAAAUAAAAUAAUUAAAAAAAAAAAAAACCACUAAGCAGAUCUGUAAUAAACAAGCCUGGCAUCAUUUCAGUCGAAUUGUUUUUAGAUUUUUUUUUUUCUCUAAAUAAUCUUUUAUCACAGAGGAUAAACAAGU